UUAAAAAGUAUAACUUUUUAAUAUUAAAUUUCUAACAUUGAAUCAAAAUAUAUUUCACAAACUUUUGAAAAAAAUAAUCUUAUUAUACUAAUUUUCAUAAGUAAAGUAAUGAAGUUGAAAAUCAAAUAACGAGAAAAAUUUCAUAGAAACCAACUAACACAUUAUUUUCGAGCAGCCACAUAAAAUUCCGGGUUCAUUUUGGGCCGACUCUAACGGGUGUCGGGCUAUUCUGGUUGUAAUUUUUAUUAAAAUUGACGAGGCAAUUGGGUGAGCCCAUGGAUUUCGGACCGGAUUGAGAUGCAUUUCGGUUUGGGCGGGAAACUGCUACAUUUAUUUGGGCCCACCGCCUGUAAUUCAUUCAUUUACUUGGCCGUCGCCGCGUUUUACACAAUUCACAGAAAAUAGAAAAACUGAAAUGCCUCGGCGGCGCUGCUGCAACGAUGGCAACGUUUCGGAUCCCCAUUCCGAUAUUCUUAGUAGAGAAUCGAUGACAUACAUUCGAAGUCGGCCUUAUUAUUCCCGGAGGUGUAAAAAGGAGAUGCCAACAAAUAUAGAGUCCCUCCCCACAGACCUAUUGUUCGAAAUCCUCCUCCGUUUGCCGGCCAAUCAUCUCUACGAGAGAGCGAGGCUCGUGUGCCGGCGGUGGUACCACAUUAUCCAUUCUCAUGCCUUCAUCAACGCCCAGAUGCACGGUGCUACCUAUGGACUCCUCCUAUCACCCAUAUAUGAUAAUACUCCACUUUAUGUAACAGCCGACGCAGAGGGUGGAAUCCACAUAUAUGAGCUGACUUACAUCUUCAAAUUGGGAGUUCUUGCUACCUGCAACGGUUUGGUUCUAGAGUUGGAAGACACAUGUUUCCGCCUCCCUCGUCUUGUGAUUGUGAAUCCUGCAACGAAGAAGUCAUUGUUCCUCCCACCAUUCCCCAGAGGCGUACGCUAUCGCUUCUUCUGUAGUUUAGCAUACUCUGCAGCUUCCUUGGCGUAUAAAGUGAUUGCACCGUACACUGUUCGCGACUGUGCACCGUACACUUUUCCCGACUGGCCACUACGCUUAGAUACUGACUACGGUCUUGACGUGCUCACUGUUGGAGUCGAUGAGUCCUGGAGGCACGUGGAGGUUCACCACCUCCCCGACCAUGUCAGGUGAUUUGUCUUCGACAAGGCUCCCUUGACUAGUGAAGGUUUCUUGCAUUGGGGAAGGGGGAAGUGCUGCGCGACGCUGGAUGUGGAGACAGAGAUCAUUACAUUGAGUGAAGCCCCUUAUGAGUACAAUGAACACGACUAUAUAUAUCUGUCGACUGGGAGGUGUCUGUCGCUCCUGGUUGCGUGUGGGGAUCUGUCGUGGGAGGUUUGGGAGAUGAAGGCAGAGACGGGCGAGUGGAGGAAGGCGCUGCCCAACGUCGACUUGGGGGCUGAGAAAUACAGGAUUCGACAGUUUUCUUAUCGAGCUCUUGAGCCACUUGGUUGGGUUAAAUAUCCACAGGUUUUGGCCUUUUAUUUUGGCAAUUAUUAUUCUGAGAAGCCAAAAUGUCAUUGCAUUUUGUACAAUCUUGAUACGCAUCAACUCGGCCCCAUAGAGCUACCACAAUCCUAUGCUUGCCCGCAUAAGAAUAAUCUGACAUGGCUAAGUUAAAGGAGUAUUUAUUGUUUAUAUUUGGCUUAGUUAAGAUCGUUGUGAAUGAGUAACGUGAGAGAGCAAGCGCGGUGCUGGUCUGGAUUGUAGAGUCACCGGCGGCGGAGGUUUUGAUCCACCGGAGGAAUCGCAGAGUAAAGGCGGCGGGCAAGGGUUUUGUAGAUCAUCAACAUCCUCACCCCAAUCCGGUGUCUUAGCUACCAACUCUUCCACCUCUACAUCUGACAAGUGAUCAGCUGCAAGGACUUCUUCUUCUGCCUCGUCUCCAACAAUGAGAUCAUCCUCCAUCAAAGAAGAGAAAAGACGACCUUUGGCCUUAUCAUUAAUCACUCGACUUUGUGCUUGAUAUUUCCUUGAUAUUUGUGCUUACUCGACUUUAUCAAUUCUAUUUGGAGGAAAUUUACUGUUUAUUUCAUUAUCUCGUGACUACUAGCUGGUAUCUAUACUAUAUUAAAAUGAGAGUUUUCAAUUUAAAAUCGAUUUCAAAUCAAUUUCAAAAUUGA